CAGAGGAAGCGAAACUGAUCUCAGAGAGCUGCUCUCUCUCAGACUGUGGCAGGAAAAUGGCCAGUGUUUCAGUAGAUCAGGACCAGUUCAGCUGUCCAGUCUGUCUGGAUCUGCUGAAGGAUCCAGUGACGACUCCCUGUGGACACAGCUUCUGUAUGGUGUGUAUUAAUGGCUGCUGGGAUCAGGAGGAUCAGAGGGGGGUCUACAGCUGCCCCCAGUGCAGAGAGACCUUCACUCCGAGGCCUGUUCUACGCAGAAAUAAUGUUAUAGCUGAAGUGGUGGAGAAACUGAAGAAGACAGAACUCCAAGCUGUUUCUCCUGCUCUCUGUUAUGCUGGACCUGGAGAUGUGGAGUGUGAUUCCUGCACUGGGAGAAAACACAAAGCCAUCAAGUCGUGUUUGGUGUGUCUGGCCUCUUUCUGUGAAGCUCAUCUUAAACCUCACUAUCAGUCUCCUGCCUUUAAGAAGCACAAGCUGGUCGAAGCCUCCAAACAGCUACAAGAGAAGAUCUGCUCUCAACAUGAUGAAGUGAUGAAGAUCUACUGCCGUACUGACCAGCAGAUGGUCUGUUAUUUGUGUACGAUGGAUAAACACAGAGGCCACGAUACAGUAGCAGCUUCAGCAGAAAGAAACCAGAAACAGAGUGAAGUGAAAGACAUGCAGAGGAAAUUCCAGCAGAGACUCCAGGAGAAGGAGAAGAAGCUGCAGGAGGUGAAACAGGCUGUGAAGACUCUUAAGAGCUCUGCACAGGCAGCAGUGGAGGACAGUGAGAGGAUCUUUACUGAGCUGAUCCGCUCCAUUGAGAAAAAGCGCUCUGAGGUAACAGAGCUGAUCAGAGCUCAGGAGGAGGCUGAACUGAGUGGAGCUGAAGAACUCCUGGAGCAACUGGAGCAGGAGAUUGCUGAUCUAAAGAGGAGAGACACUGAGCUGGAGCAGCUUUCACACACAGAGGAUCACAUCCAGUUCCUCCAGAGUUUCCAGUCUCUCUGUGUCUCUCUUGGAGCUGAGGACUCACCCAGCAUCACUGUCCAUCUCUCAUUUGAUGGAGUGAGGAAAUCUCUCUCUGAUCUGAAAGAGAGACUAGAGGAAUUCUGCAAGCAGGAAUUUAGGAAAAUCUCUCCACAAGUUUCAGCAGUUCAGAUGAUUUCACCCUCAGAGCCACAAACCAGAGAAGACUUUCUACAGUAUUUCCUUCGUCUGACUCUGGAUCCCAACACAGUGAAUAAAUACCUCAGUCUGUCUGAGGAGAACAGAGUGGUGACGUUCAGUGGGAAAGUCCAGCGUUACUCUGAUCAUCCAGAGAGAUUUGAGUACUGGCAUCAGGUGUUGAGUAAGGAGAGUGUGAGUGGACGCUGUUACUGGGAGGUUGAGUGGAGCAGUGCUGGAUUUGAUCUGUACAUCUCAGUCUCAUAUAAAGGGGUCAGCAGGAAAGGACAGAGUAAUGAGAGCAAGUUUGGACACAACGGUCAGUCCUGGAGUCUGCAGUGUUCUCCCUCUCUCUCUUUCUAUCACAACAACAUUCAGACUGAGAUCUCAGCCUCAUCCUCCUCCAGAAUAGGAGUGUAUGUGGAUCACAGUGCAGGAACUCUGUCCUUCUACAGCGUCUCUGACACAAUGACCCUCCUACACACAGUCCACACCACAUUCACUCAGCCGCUCUAUGCUGGAUUUUGGCUUCAAUAUACUGGAACUGUGAGUUUCUGUGAUCCAAAAUAAUGUGAUUGUAGUUUGUUUCAGUUGAUGUUCAUUAAAUUUAAAAUGAUUGAAA